UCAAGCUGUUUCGGCUCCUAGAAGCCCUAGUUUUGGAGUUUUGAGUCUUGGGUUCUUGAGGCUCCGGCAAGGAUGCGGCUGUCGCUCUGCACAGCCUUCCUGGCCGUGCCGGCAGCCCUCCUGGCCGUGGUUUUGCAAGAUCCAAAGGGGAUCUUGGGCCAUACGCUCGGGCGGCCAGUGGAGAUCGCGGUGAACCUGGCGAAGAUUGGUCCCUAUAUCGUCUUCGGCCUGUCGUCGACCCAGGUCCACCCGCAGCUAGCAGCCCUGGACUAUGUGAUCGACGGCAUAGAAAACGUGUCUGAGGAGCUCAGGCUUGACAAGGCCAUUGACCUGGUGGACGACUUCGGCUGGAAUCGCGGGUUCCUCAUCAAUGUGGGGGACGUGAAGGGCCGGAUCGUGGACAGCGCCCUGCUGGAGCGCAUGAAGCGCAGCGAGCCCAAGCUGGUGGUGGAGUUCGGCACCUUCCUGGGCUACGGUACUCUUCGCCUUGCACGGGUGCUGAAAAAUAGCAAGGCCGAGCUGAUGACUGUAGACCCCGACGUGCUGGCGCACAGCGUCUCCAGCAGCCUGUACGAGAAGGCCGGGGUCAGAGAUCGCAUCGUGAUGAAGAAGGACUUCUCCAGCAACGUCCUAAGGGAGCUGCACAGGGAAGGCAGGCAGAUCGACUUCCUCUUCAUCGACCACGUAAAGAAGUUGUACUUGUCGGACCUGAAGCUGGCACUGGAACUGAAGCUCUUAGCCAAGGACUGCGUGGUGGUCGGGGACAACAUCCUCUGGCCGGGCGCGCCUGACUACAAGGAGUUCAUGCUCCAGGGUCCCGGCGCCAAGCUGUUUGAGACCCAGGUGCAUCAAACCCAUGUGGAGUACUGGCCAGAGUUCCCGGACAUCGUCACGGUCAGCCGUUUCCUGGGAUGAGGUUGGCUCUCGAAGUGGCGCUGUGUAGCCGGACGGCGUGGCGCUUUGCAGGACAAGCGUGCCGAGUGCCGCCAACGUGAGCUUAUUGUAUGCUGAGAGGCACGGGGUAGAUUUCCCUCUCAAAUUAACAUGGUUGAGGACUUGAUUGCUCCGUCAAAGGGCAGCGCCCAGCCACAGAACA